UUGCAGUGUGAUUUCAACUCUGCACUUUUGUCUAACACCAGAAAAUUAACUCUUAAGAAUUUUGCUUACAAUUGUCUCCUCUUUGAAAAACAUAAACCAGCCUAUAGUAACGAUAAGGUGAAGGUUGUUUGCAGAGAGAGAUAUGUGGCCUUUUAUCUACAUGCGAGUCCGAUCACAGCGUAUCUUAACCAAUGAGAGCUGCAGGGUUAGUAAUAAAACCAUGGAAGCAGAACCUCCUCCUGGAGCCUUUGUGCCUAUUUAUAAGGGAGUGACUCCCCUUUCAAGCACCAGAGUGUUUGUGGCUGGCUGCAGUGUUGAAUCCUAAAGGAUGGUGCUCUUGGUAGUUUUAACGUGUUUACUGGCAGGCUGCCUGGCUCAGAAGCCUCACCCAUGCUCUGUUCCUCCUCUUCUGAGCGGAGCCCUCACUGUGUCGACACAGAAUGAAAAGCUGUGGACUUAUGCCAAAUACCUGUAUGAUGCCCUGGGACAGCGGGUCCGAGUGAUGGAGCUGGGAAGCUACGAGAACAAGUCAUUCACCUACGACGCUCUUCUGCUCUUCAGAGAGGGUAGCAUGUAUGAGAUUAACAAACACGAGCGCACGUGCACGAAAAAGCCCCUGAAGACAGACUUCCACCCCAUGGUAAUCCCAAAAGAUGCCUCUCUGCUGGGCCAGGCUGUUCUGGGCAGCUCGUCGGGACCCGGAGAAGGACUCCUAGUCAACACUUGGACGGGAGAUCUGCCCGGCAAAGCAGGAAAGUUCAUGAGCACAGUCACUGAAUUCGGUUGUGUUCCUGUAAGCACAGUGUACCACACUGGGGAGUUUGGAUGGGUGAUAACAAGCUUCUUCAACAACGUCGUUGGGAUAUCAGACCCUGACCGGCUCAACCCUCCAGACUACUGCCUGGAUGGAGAGAGGACGGCUGAUGAAGAGGAGCAGACGGACUUCCUCAGCUUGUUCCUUAAGAAGCACUGAUGGCCUCCUUUAACUAGUGAUUUGAGAAUGUGUUCUGUUGUAUACGUCCCAUUUGCUCAGAACACAAGGAUCUGAAUCAUGUACUAGAAUCCUUUUUUAGUUACAUAUAUCUGCAAAUAGAAUAAUCUGUGACCACAUGUCAUUUUCAUUAAAAUGCAUACAGAAAUAAAAAAAAAAAACAGAUUCAUUUAUUUUACUGUGUGUAAUGGCUACAGCAUUCAAAAAAUACGGCUAUGCAACGUUUUGUGUGUUACUAGCAAAUUGAAUUGUCCACAUGCCUCUCUUUUAGAAAUAGAGCUAGAAUUUAAAAGGCUUCAUAAUCGAGUCAGCGAUUCAGUUUGAAUAAACGAUCCCGUAUCUCCGUA